AUAAUUAUUGCGGAUACCGUACCGGUGACCCCUUAACACAAUACUGUUGUAUGCGUCUAUUUCGGUUUCUAUUUCUUUGUCAUAGGCUCACGUACGUACAUAUGUACACGUCGAUGACAAUGAUGUAGCAAGAUUUGUAUCAUACCUUUUCGAAGAAGUCAAAUUACAACUUAAAAUGCCCAAAAGUACGUCGUCCGUGCAGCCUCCUGUGGACUAUGUUCACCGUGGAAGUUGGAGGAUUGAUCAAGUGGAGAAAAUUACUACAGACGCCACAGCUACGGAUGUUAGUGGAAUAGAAGGGGCUGAUUUUCAUUUGAGUGACACAGGGGAUAUCUUCUGGAGUCUACCUGCCGGUGUCACAAAGACACCAUACUUUGCCUUAAACUUUGACCUCUAUGAGGUUAUUGGAGCCAAGUUUCAUGCAAUCAAGUUCAUCGGAAGCCGUAGUGGAGACAAGAUCAUACUCUUUGCUUCACAAAAGAGUCCCAACACCCUUCACCUGAAGUAUGAGAAUGAAUUCAUUUUCCAGUGUGAAAAGGUAUGGAAGAUUGAGGAGGCCAUCUUGGAGCCAUUCAGUCUUCUCCGAGCUUUCAAGGAAGGUUUCUUCACUGACAUGGAAAUCAAGGCUGACACUGGCAAGACUUUUGGUGUCCACAAGAUCAUCCUCAAGUCCACCUGUCCGCAGUUAGGAUGGGAUAUGAGCCCCGCCCCUCUGACCGGGACCGCUGAGGUGGUCCUUUCGGCCAUCCUCCAUUUCCUUUAUACCGCGUGCCUCCCUGAUACCAUAGAUGAGGAAUCUGCACGGAAGAUCUUAGAGGUUGCUGGGAAGCUUCCUGGCCUUGAGAGAUUGGCUAAUCUAUGUCAACUGUACUUGCAUAAUUCAGCUGUCAAGAAUCAAAUCAUCAACCUAGUCCAUGACAUUCACGUUUGCGGUGAUCGCCUGGUACAACUCUUCAGCUCCAAGACGACAACAGCAGAGGGAGCCCUUCGUCAAGAUAAUAUGAUGCUUGAACCGUCCAAGUUUUCUUACGCUCUCAGACAGUGUAUAAAGGAGGGUGCUGUUGCUGGUAUCAAGGUGGUUAUGAUCUGUGAUCUCUUUAACAAGAGAAAAAGAGAAAUGACCAAGCAGGAGAGACAUGAUCUCAUGAAAUACAUCAAAUCUAGGUUACCUAUUUUUGUAAAGCAGCUCUACAAGUUCUAUGAAGUAUUUAAAGAACAACUUACACAAGAUGUCACACCCAAGCAAAAUGAUGAUCUAGCAAGAUAUCUUGUACCAGAGAUGAACAAGUGUCUUGAUAUUACUACUGAUAUGGUUGAACAAGGCAAAGACGCUCUUGAAAUCAUCCUCAGACGGAUGAAAGCCGAGGAAAACAAGAAGUUUUCUACUAAAGAUUACCUCAAGUACAUUGUCGUCAGUGCAAUGUUUAAGAAGGAGAUGGCCCAACUGAAGCUAGCCCAUGAAAGGAUGUGCGAACUAUUCCAGAGUAUGUUAUGGCGUCAGGAAGGAUUUGACUGCCUCUCAGAAGCAGAUAAGAUGUUCUCUGUCAACAAAAAUAUUGAACAAAUUGUUGAAGAGUUUCCUGUUAUGCUUCAGAAACUGGAGGCAUUAGACACCAAUGUGAAUGAUGGAUCAAUGCGAGACUGGAAAUUCAAUUUCAAGAUGGGUACCUCAAGAGUCAUGUGGUCCUUUGAUAAGAUCAUUACGCAUCGUGAGAGAUUCAAACCAAUCGUCGCCCAUCUGAACAAACUGAUCGGCCGUCAAGCUUUCACAGAUGGGUUGCUCCAUGUCGGUCUCCUAGCAUCUGCUACCAAUGUUGAUGAGCCUAGUACAUCAUCUGCUGCGUCACCGUUUCCAAUGGAUGUUGACACAGAGGAUUCACAAGAUAAGAAUGUCUCACCUCUACCAGUCAAACGGCCUUUAGUGUCUGAAUCUCUGUGUACUCCACCGAGUGCUGCUGAGAGUAAACUGGCUAAAGCUAUGGGAGCCCUACUAGAGUCUGGUCUUAACACUGAUAUGUGCUUUGAAGUCAUCACAAUAACAGAUGAGCCAUCAGAUGUUGUUGUGGAUCACACUCAAGGGGAACCCAUCGUAACACAGGAGACAGAGAGAAAGGUUAUCAGACAUCCUCCAAUCUAUGCUCAUUGUGCUGUCAUAGCAGCUAGGUGUGAUCGCUUCAAGAGAGCUCUACUAAGUGGAAUGAGGGAAUCUAUAGAUAAGAAAAUUGAGGUCCAUGAUACAGAUCCAGACCUGUUCAAGCAGUUCCUGGUCUUUCUGUAUUCAGGCCAGAUCAAUACAUCAGAGCUGACUAUGGAUCACAUUGCUGAUAUGAUGUCUCUUAGUGAUAGAUAUGAGGUUGACACAUUGAAGCAUGUAUGUGAAGCAUCUCUGAAGACUAAAAUCAAUGAAGAUACAGUACUUUAUCUCCUUGGUCUUUCUGAUCAGUUCCAUGCUGUCACACUCAGGGACGCUACAUUGGCCUAUAUAGAGAAGCAUCCAUUCAUUGCUAGCUCUGAUAUUUAUGAUGAACUCCCUGAACAUCUCCAAGAAGAGGUCAAACUUAGAGCAAAAAAGGGACAGGAGGUAGGAGAUAUAGACCCGAUGGCACAGUUCAAGGGGGAGCAGUAUGAUUCUAGUUCUACUUCAUCUACGGAGGAUGGUAUGAAAGGUAUUGAGGAAAGCCAUGAUGAUAUGUUAGAUGAAGUUGAUGAAGAGAAGGAGAUGAUCUGUAUUGAGAGAUUGAAGGAGAUCAUUGGUGAUGAUAUUCCUCAUGAAAAGCUUGUUGAAUUCGUUCGUAUUGCAGACUAUGACAUCAAUAGAGCUGCUAAUUAUUAUUACUCAUCAAUAUGAUCAUACUGAUCGGAUACCAACAUUUAUUUUCUGUUUCAAACAUUUCCAUGGUACUCUUGAUAAAAUAUAUUUUGUAACUUCAGUCAUGGUUGCAUUUAUAUAUCUUCUGUCUUUUCCUCAUUUUUGUACAUGUACUUUUAUUCUGUACUAUACAUGAAUAAAACCAUUAGAUUUUCUGUAUUUUUAUUAUCACAGGUAACUUUGACUCAGUCAAAUCUAUGAGGUUCACAGAAAUCUUUUGGAAUGAAAAGUGUUAUAUAUCACAUGCUUUGUAUAAUCUGGUUUGAAAAGUUGCUUUGACUUAGGCAUAUAUUUGACGUCGUGUGUGGAAGGUCGAUUUAUCCAAGCUUACCUGUACUAAUUUACACGUCAUCUGCAGUUAAUGCACAUCAUGAAUUUGUAUGAAUGGGACCAUGAAUUUGUAUGAAUUUAGACUAUGAAAUGUAAUUAUGUAUCUGAAUCGGCCUUAAUUUGCACCACAGCAACUGAAAAUCGGAUUUAGUUGUGUACUUUUAGCUAGAUCUAAAGAGCAUUACAUCAACAUUUUUGUUCAACAAGUUGUUAGAUCUGACAUCUUACAUUGAUUUUGAUUGGCUGAGAGGCACUGUUACUAUGGUAACUUUCGGAUAGAACAGGACCCAGAUCUUUCAUGAAACGCACACCAGGAAAGGCGUUUGAAAUAUUUAAAAAAAUCUCUUAUAGAGAAGUGUAUUAUUUUCAUCUUAUUGUGACACGUGUUGUAAAAAUGAAUUACUGUUUUGAAGAAAGUUUUGGAUUUUAUAAUAUUUUGCCAUAUGUUUUUUUUUUUAGUAGAAAAUCGUGGGAAUUAGUUGCAAGGUAAUCAUUUUUAAUGAUGUUUUUUAUUGUAAUAUGCAGUUGUGUAUGUGGAUUGAAUGGUCUAACCAUUGCUGUAAAGUAUUCAAUAGAUGUGUGUUGAAAUUCAUGACGGAUGUAAGAUAAUCAUUAGAUGAUGUACUAUAAACAACUGAGGUAAUUGUACAUGUUGAUAUAUAAAUAUUUAUAUAUAUGCCCCUUCAACUUAACAUGCUGGAAAUGUAGAUGACGUGUUAUUCCAUAAAUUGAUGUACUACAUUUAUUAUAUAAAUUUUGUUCCAUAAAUCGUUCUAUUUCAUUUUACCCAUGUUAUAUUAUUAAUUAUUUCUUGUGUAAUUCAGUUUAUAUUUAUUGUGUAUGUGCCAUCUUAAAGUCAAUAAUAUCUUUAAAAUUCUGCUAAAUAAAAUAAUGAAUUGAACCCUGAAAAGACUAGUCUAUUUUUAUGCCUAAGAAGCCAAAAUUGAUCAUACAUUUGAACAUGUAUUAGCUUGAAAUAAAACUUGUUACAGAUUUUGAGCAUUUUCUUUCCUUGCAGGUAUAGAUGCAGCAAGAUCUUUCUUAGUUACAAAUUCAUCCUAAAUGUUUAAUGGGCUCUAAUCAAGGAGAUACCACCUCAAACUCUCCGUGCUCAAAUAGCCUAGACUUUUUGUGUAAAGGUUAAUAUCCUUGAGCUAUGAUUUAUCAAAGGUCAUGAAUUUACUUUUACAUGUAUGUGUUUAUAUUUAAUUUUAUCAAUUUUGUGAUGAAAUUCCACAAAUAGGAUAUUGUCUUGUUUUUCAAAAUAAAUGGCAAGGAUAUGAUUAAAAGGAGAGUUCUUUGAAAAGAAAGUUUAUUUUCUUUCAAAAUUAAAAAGAAGAACUCAUAAUGAUUGUACUAAAGCAAGAUCAAUGCUUGUGCAUUGAAUUCAGGUUAUAGCACAUUUUUAGGCAAAGCAUGGAAACAUCAGUAACGCAGAUUCUAAUUUCCUUCAAAGUAGAUAGGUUAGUGAGCUAUUAGCUACCUUGUCAAACGUCAAGAGCACCAUUUUUCCUGCAGGAAUCCUGCAAACAGUGUUUUACUACUAAUCCUCACAUUAUAUCAUAGCGAAUAUAAUGGGCAAUGCAGCAAUAAAAAGAUGCAUAGCAACCCCCAUAGAGAGACCCCUGCCCAAAGAUGUGUCCUUCCCAAAAAAGACUUUUGUAAAGUUGUCUUUAUGCUAGCUAAUUAUUGUAGUAGAAAUUGAAGUAUUCUGAAACAGCUGGCCCAUGCCCCCCCCAUGAGAGGCACAAUUAAAAUUUGUAAUGUAAAAAUGUUGUUAAAACACAGUGCCCCCCCCCCUCCCUGAAAGUAAGAAGUUUUUUUUCCUUGUCCAAUUUAGUUAUAAAAUGAUGAUACAUAAAUGGUAAAAGGGCUUAAAAAGAAUUUAUUUGCAUAGUAUAUCAACUCAAAUUGAGAUUGCUUUUGAAAAAGAUAAUUCACUGCAUCUUGUAUUAUGUCUUGCCAUUGUAUUCUUAAAGCAAAUUUUGAGAGAAAAGAAAUUGAUGAGAAGUUAUUUGUUUGGUUGUUUGUUAUCACCGCCCUGCAUAGAAAGUAUCAAUACUUGUCAGAUACCAGAGAGCUUUGGUCCAUAGUCUAAACUUGAUUUUAACUAUGGAUAGUCAGCUGUGACACAAAUUUCAAACCUUACAUGUUCAAAUUAUCAGCUCAUUUGUCACUCAUAUCAUUCAUUAUUUGCCUGGUGAUAACAACUUUUAAAGAUAAAUUAAAGUAGUUGCAGUAAACACAGAUUUCAUGAGAAAGUGUGCUAAAGCAAGAUUGUAACUGUAUCAUCAUGGAUCUAGAUCUGGUACAAUUGAAUAAUAAUCAUUUUAUAUUCUGCAAAUUGCCUCUAAGCGGCUAUAUGAGAAAGGAAAUAUGAAGUGAAAAGGAAAUACUUUGCACUACGAAAUGUAUCAAAAACUAAUAUUACAAAUUAAAACUAGUCCUCACAAGAUCAUGAAUAAACUGAACUUUGUGAAUUAUGAAAUCUAAGCUUCUAAAAGAUCACAGCUUCCAGUGCCUAUAUCAUUUCAUUGGUUCAUUGUAUGCGAUCUUUUUCAAAUCAAUGCUAAUUAAUUAUGCUGAACUAUGAUAUCAGUACUGUAUGUAAGAAAUCUUUCUGAUUGGUAUUCAUGCAUCUACUUGUAUCUAACUUAUCAACCCUUAGCAAAAUCUAGAAUUAUUUGACAAUAGUCAUGGGAAGUAUUUAGAGGUAUACCUCUUUGAAGGAUCUAUUCCAUUAAACUGUUUAUCCUCAUAUUUUAUUUUCAUCAAGUUGUAUGGUCUAUUCAAAAUACAAGUUCCUUGUCAUAUAUUCCAGACAUGGGUUCUGUAGUGUAAGAGUCUAGUUGUCAUAAAAAUAAUAUUGCUUUUUUCCUACAACUUAUCUAGAUAUGCUAAAAAAACUAGAGGGGAUUAUGCUCUUUUACCAUUGCAAUUUUUUUUCUUUUUAUUGACUACAUUUACAUGCUUUGUCUAUCGGUUGUUUGUAUAUUUCUAUGCAUUUCAUGUAAACAUAUAUUCAGGUUUCUAUCAUGUGAUAUCUCUCUGUAUUUUUUUCCUUCUAAUAUGGUGUAUAAUAGGGGUGGUGUGUAGCUUAAUUCUGAACUGAAAUGACAAUUUAUCUAUUUAAAAAGCUCCACAUUAUUGUACUUGAUCUAUUAAAAAUCAAUCCUCUUUGCAAUCACUUA